UUCCAUCUUGGCCAAUGUGAAGUCUCUUUCAUGCCUACGAAGAACAAGAGUGUUGAAAGGGAAGAAAGAGGGUGAGAGAAAAAUAAUAGAAGAGGGAUGUUGCAUUUCUCUCUUCAGUAUGUCUGCUCCCUCCUCCCUCCUCCCUCCACACCAUCCAAGGACAUUGCAAAUAGGCUUCAUGUAGUUUUCAUUCCUUACUUGAAAGAUGUGUACAUUUGCCUGCUCUCACCAGACGUUGAGAUAAUGAAGCAGCCCCACAGCCAUUAACAAUUGCUCCAUACCAACGUAUAUCUAUACAUAGGAGAGAGAGAGAGAGAGAGAGAGAGAGAGCGAGAGAGGGGAAAAUAACAAAAGCAGUGCAGAGAGUAGACUGAGAGAACUCUCUUUCUUUAUCUCAACCGUGAGAACUGAUCAAUGAUUCCGGGCCAUAUCGAGGAAGAACCAAGUGGUUUCUCUGACAUUUAUCCUAUUGUUGUACUUUCCUUGUAGUGGAGAUUUAAGAGGUAUGAGUUUGAUGGGUUAUAGGAGCUGUGCGGGAAUAAGGGAAAGGAAACAAGCAAAGAAGGAGAAAGCAGGGCUGAUGUAAAAGAAAGGAAAGCAGGGGAACUAUCCUUUUACUGUCACCUCUGAUGAAAUCCCUCUGGCUUCUGGGAUCAUCCUCGAGAGGCUUCUCCAAAAGGUGUGAUCUUGAUGGGUUCUUGGGUUGCUGAAGAAGAGUUGGAAAUAUCGGGUGGCUGAAGAAGAGUCGGAGGGGGGAACUGCCCUUCUCCCCCCCACCCCAUCUGAUGAUAAAUUCCACUUGAGCAGUUGGGUUAUGUUUCAAGAUCUCUUCUUUAGCCUAACGCCUGUGAGGAGAACAACAGGGAGUGGGCAGCUGAAUAAGAAUAAGAGGAGGAAGAUCUUUCCUCGUCUCCUAGCUGAUGAUAUAUCCGGCGGAUCACAGAGAAACCAACUUGGCUUGCCUCAAAAGCUCAUCUUGCAGCUGUUCCUCUGGUAUUUCCAAAGCUUGGACGGUUUGAGUUCUCACAAGGAUGUCCCAGCAUUGCUUCUCCUUUUCUGAUGGCAGACGAUGCAAGCAUUGUCAAACAUGGAGAAACAUGUUAUUUCUGUUGGUUCUCGGUGGUCUUAGUUGCUCCAUCUGGUUAUUGUGGGGAUUGGAGGACUAUGGGGUUUUGGUGAGGAUUAGGGACUUGCAGAAUGAGAGAAUGCAGUCACCAUUUGAUCGAUACAACCUUAGCAAAGAUCAGCUUCAAGCCCUGGCUUUGCUAAUCUCUUCAUUACAACAGGGAAGAUUCUAUGAGUGGAUGAACAAGCCUGUAACUGGUGAAAUACUUAGCAGUAGCCUGUUACAUUCAUUGUCAGAACUGCAGUCAGAAACGGAUGAUUCCCAAGAUCAACAACAUCGGAGGAGGAAUAACAUAGUCUUCCAGGGUCAUUGUCCAACUCAAAGUGAUCCUGUCCUUGUUAGGUCUGCACAGUUAUCACCUAAGGGACAUUAUACACAAGAUAUUUUGCCUUCUACAAUAAACAGUGAUGAAAUCUCUCUGAAGAGUACACAGCAAGGACAGCAUUUGAAAGGCCACUGAUGAGCAGGGUUGCCUAUGCUUUGAGAGUAUUACAUACAGAGAGGGGGCGGUUCGAGCAGCAGCAUGCAUGGAAAAUAAAGAAGAUGGAGACUGAGUUCCAGUCCCUAGUUAAAGAUGACUACAAUCCUGAGAAACUUGAUCCCUCACCUGUUCAAGAUGAAUAUGCACCUGUUAUAUUCUCACAGGAAACUGUAUCCCACAUUGUAUCUAUUGAUAUGAUGUCUGGCUAGGAAGACCAUGAGAAUAUGCUGCGAGCAAGGGCUGCUGGGAAGGGGGUCUUAACUUCUUGUAAUCUUUUGAAGUCCAAUCACCUUGGUGUGGUGCUCACAUUUGCAGUGUACAAAACUAACCUGCCUCUGAAUGCUACACCACAAGAGCGCAUUGAAACUACUGUAGGAUACCUUGGUGCAUCAUUUGAUGUCCCAUCUUUGGUGGAAAAACUUCUUCAGCAACUUGCCAGCAAACAAACCAUCAUUGACACAACAAAUGUUUCUGCACCUAUUAGGAUGUAUGGUCCUGACACUGCUGCUUCUGGAGAGAUGCAUAUUAGUUACGUUGAUUUUGGGGAUCCAACCCGGAAGCAUGAAAUGCAUUGCAGAUUCAAGCACAAGCCUCCACUACCUUGGUCAGCAAUAACCAUGUCAGUAGGGGUUGCAGUAAUUGUUCUUCAAGUUGGGCAUAUAUUUCAUGCAGCUUUAAACCGCAUUGAGGAGGUAGAAGAUGAUUAUUGUCAAAUGAGAGAGCUGAAAAUCCAAGCAGAAUCUGCUGAUGUUGCAAAAUCUCAGUUUCUGGCAACAGUUUCCCAUGAAAUCAGGACUCGGAUGAAUGGUGUCUUAGGUAUGUUGCAGAUGCUGAUGGACACAGAUAUUGAUUCAACCCAACAAGAUUUUGCAAUGACUGCUCAAUCAAGUGGAAAGGCUCUGAUAGCUCUAAUAAAUGAGGUUCUUGAUCAGGCUAAGAUAGAAUCUGGCAGACUUGAACUAGAAGCUGUUCCUUUUGAUCUUCGUGAUGUUCUGGACAAUGUGCUGUCUCUUUUUUCAGAUAAAUCACAAGCCAAAGGCAUAGAGAUGGCAGUGUAUGUAUCUAAACGAGUUCCAGAGAUUCUAAUUGGAGACCCUGGAAGGCUCAGGCAGAUCAUCACAAAUCUUGUUGGAAACUCAGUGAAGCACUAGGCAUGGAGCACAAGAGGCAGCAAUUCAAAGGCAAUAUCAAUGCCACUUCAAAGUCUUCUCAGUGGAAAAAACAUCCUAGUUGUUGAUGACAAUGCAAUCAACUGUAAAGUCGCUGCUGCUGUUUUAGAGAAAUAUGGCGCUACAGUUACAAGUGCAGACAGUGGGAAGGAGGCUAUUAAAAUGCUACAACCUCCACACAAUUUUGAUGCUUGCUUUAUGGAUGUUCAAAUGCCAGAAAUGGAUGGCUUUGAAGCCACAAGACAGAUCCGUCUCAUGGAAAACAUAGUCAAUGAGCUGAUCAGGUCCGGAGGAUGCAUCACUGGAAUUAUAUAGCAAUGUAGUUCAUUGGCACAUACCUAUACUAGCUAUUACAGCCGUCGUUAUUCAAGCAACACAUGAAGAAUAUCUACGAUGUGUUAUGGAUGAUUAUGUAUCAAAACCUUUUGAAGCACAGCAACUAUACUCUUCUGUAGCACAAUUUUUCGAGUCUGAUAUGGUGGAUGGAAUGUCAUGAUGGUUUAAAGAUUUCACUGCUAAGAAGUUAUUCUGGUUUUUGUUCUAAAGCACUUUAUCUAGCACACCUCAAGGUGGUCAGAGAAGACAAUGCCUAAGCGAGUGCGGAGAAGCAUCACAGUCAAUCAAGCUUGACCAACCUUGUGAUUUUCUGGUCUGGCAAUGAGCAGAAGAGAUAUAUCAUGUUAUCCAACUUGGGCGAGAGAGAAUACAACAGCAGAGCAACUCUAUGGAUGUAAAUUAGGGUUUGAUUCAUGAGAAUGAGCUGACACAGAUACAUCAGUACAAGAAUUCUGGCUGGUGCACAGUUUGAUUGCUUUUUUUGCACAGAAUGUGGUAUUUAAAGCUGAAGCUUAUGAAGACAUCAAUCUAGUGGCUGGCACCUGAUAUUUUCCAAGAGACCUAGUUUUUGUUCCUGACAACUAAGGAACAAUUUGUUUCGAGGAUUUCUUUGCCCUGAGGAUUUGAUGCCAGAACAUCUUAUUGUCAGUACAGUUCCUGAUCCAUGCAUUAGUUACCAGCUUGGCUUCAAGUUUUAUGCAGAUUAAACCCCAUCUUUCCUGCUUCGUCAUUCAACUAGAAUGCUUCCGAAUCAUUCCAUGAAUCACUGAGACUGCCACAGCUGACAAGGUGUUCAUUCCAUUUUUGUUUUGAAGCUGUGGAAUUAAUUUCAAUGUGCAGCAAAA